AAGUCCUGGUCAAAAUUGCCCAAAACAGGCAAGAAACUUAAAGUUUGUUGCCCCCCUGUCAGUUUGACAGGUUUCAUGGGGUUUCAAUUCCAUCUAGACAGGAAAAUAAAGAGCAGUUAAGGAUUAGUUUUUUCCUGCCUUCAAUCUCUUUUCUGUUUUAUUCUUCUUUAGCCAGACUUAACCUGUGGUGGUAUUGGAGAUCCUGACUCCGAUUUUUCGUAAUUAUUAUAUUAUAUAAUAUCUAAUUCGAGUGUCAUCAACAUUCCUAAAUGGCUUCCAAUGCCACUGCUGAUUCCCUCUUCAACGCCACUUCUGUAGCCAUCGACAAAGAUAAGAACAGCCAGCAUGCUGUUCGCUGGGCUGUCGAUAAUCUCGCAAGCAAUAACUCGGUUCUUGUCCUAAUUCAUGUCAAGCACAAAAACCAUCAAUAUCAAGUUGCUAAUGGUCAGGAUGGUGAUGGUGAUGAUGAGGCGCAUCAGCUUUUCACUCCCUACCGUGGAUAUUGCGCCCGUAAAGGGGUUCGUUUGAAGGAGGUUGUGCUUGAUGACAUUGAUGUUGCUCGGGCAGUUGCGGACUACAUCAACAUCAAUUUAAUUGGAAAUAUUGUGUUUGGUGCAUCAGGAAGAAAUGUUCUUACAAGGAAAUUCAAAAACCAAGAUGUGCCAACUAGCUUUAUGAAAAUUGCCCCAGAUUUUUGUUCUGUUUAUGUAAUCACCAAGGGAAAGAUCCUCUCCACCCAAAAAGCACAACGGACGCCUACUUAUAAUGUCCCACAGAAGACAGCAUCCAUGCCAGUAAUUCCAUCUCAAAGUCUACACGAUAAUGCUGAACUAGAUUUGGAUGGAGUUAGGGUACAGUCCGAGAAAGGAGGGUGGAGAAGUGCCGAAGCAGGUGGAUUUCCUUUGGACAAGGUCAAUGAUUCCAUGAGAGGAUCACAACCUGAGAGAGGCAGAAAUUCCAUCUCUAAUUUCUCUAUGGACAGCACUUACCUUCCCUCGUCCUGCGGAAGACCAUCAACUUCCCGUGUUUCUACAUCUGAUGGAUCUGAAUUUUCAGGAUUAUUCGCAACAUCAAUCAUGGACAGCUCAGCCCAAAGUUCAGAUUUCUCUGUUGCUUCAGCCUCUAAUCUGAAUGAGUCAAAUGCGGACCAUUUAGAAGUUGAGAUGAGAAGGCUGAGGCUUGAGUUGAAGCAGACCAUGGAAAUGUAUAGCACAGCUUGCAAAGAAGCACUCUCAGCCAAACAGAAGGCUAGUGAACUUAAUCAAUGGAAGAUUGACGAGGUUCGUAAAUUUGAGGAAGCCAAGCUCGCAGGAGAGGCAGCCCUUGCCGUGGCAGAGUUGGAGAAGGCUAAGUGCAAAGUUGCCAUUGAAGCAGCUGAGAAAUCACAGAAACUAGCAGAGUUGGAAGGACAGAAAAGAAAACAUGCAGAGAAGAAAGCUGAGCGAGAGACAGAGGAGAAGAAUCGUGCUUUAAAUGCUUUGGCACAUAAUGAUGUGCGGUACAGAAGAUACACAAUCGAAGAGAUUGAAGAAGCCACGGAUAAAUUCUCACCAUCAAAUAAAAUUGGUGAAGGAGGAUAUGGACCUGUGUAUAAAGGCAAACUUGAUCAUACCCCAGUUGCAAUCAAGGCUUUAAGACCGGAUGCUGCUCAAGGAAAGAAGCAGUUCCAACAGGAGGUUGAGGUUCUCAGCUGCAUUAGACACCCACACAUGGUCCUUCUUCUUGGUGCCUGCCCUGAGUAUGGAAUCUUGGUAUAUGAAUACAUGGACAACGGAAGCUUGGAAGACAGGCUACUUCAAAAACACAACACCCCUCCAAUUCCAUGGGGCAUACGAUUCAAAAUAGCUGCUGAGAUUGCGACCGCACUUCUGUUCCUCCACCAAGCAAAGCCAGAGCCCCUCGUCCAUCGGGACCUUAAACCAGCAAACAUUCUUUUGGACAGCAACUAUGUGUGCAAAAUUAGUGAUGUUGGCCUCGCUCGGUUAGUCCCUCUUUCUGUAGCUGAUAGUGUCACACAAUACCACAUGACCUCUGCUGCAGGAACGUUUUGUUAUAUAGAUCCCGAGUAUCAACAAACAGGAAUGUUAACUACAAGAUCAGACAUAUACUCGUUGGGAAUAAUGUUUCUCCAAAUCAUCACAGCCAAGCCUCCGAUGGGUCUUGCUCAUCAGGUGGGGAGGGCCAUUGAAAGAGGAAAAUUUGCAGACAUGCUUGACCAAACAGUACCAGACUGGCCUGUGGAAGAGGCGUUAAGAUUUGCUGCACUGGCAUUGAAGUGUGCUGAAUUAAGGAAGAAAGACAGGCCAAGUCUUGCCACGGUUAUAGUGCCAGAGCUUAACCGGUUGAGAGACCUAGGAAUGAACACGGAGCAGCAAAGAAGCAAAGAUAAUCACCAGAGCCGAGAAGUCAACAGCAGAGGUCGUAGUCGCAGUCCCCUUUCACAUCCUCUAUCAACUUCACAGGGAAGGAUGCCAAAUGCUACUCAGCAGGAGAACGCAUAUAGGUCUUAUGGAAAGAGAACUAAGCAUGACUCUAAUCAAGAAAGCGGAUGACAGCAAAGAAAGUUAAAUGGCCGACUUGCUUGAACCAAAACCAGAAAGCUACUUGCUGAUAGAAAAGAAUCACAGUGUUGAUAAACUAAAGAGACAUGGAAAAUUGAAAGAUGUAUGUAGUUCGAGGUCUGAAUUAUUUUGCUAUGAGAACAAGAUGAAACAAGAGACAUAUAUCAGAAAUGAUGGGAAGUAAUAUCUGUGUAUCUUCACUCUCUUGUGAAAGUGGCUCCGGUAUUUCAAUAA